AUGGCUUGUUCGUCAUCCAUUCUUUGUGGCCGCGACGUAAUAUCACUAUCAGUUCAACCCAUAUCAUCAUAUAUGCAUACGCUGAAUGCAGUCAUGAUGUCAAUUGCGCGUCAGUUGAGUGCAUCUUUACGGUCUAUGCGUCAAAGUGGCAAGUAA